UUAAAUCAUUGCUUGCCGAUAUUUCUAAUUGAUUUCCCCAACUGAUUACUCCCCUAAUUUAUUGUCAUCUAGUAUGUUUUUGUAUGUAUAUUCAAGCAUUUUUGUAGUUUUAGUUGAUUUCAUGAUGUAAUUUGUGAAUUCAUUGACUUUUGGGGGAAAAAAAUUUGUGGGUGUAUCGUUUUAUAUCCUUCUUACUCUUUUGGAUGUUUGGCUUUCUAUAUUCUGUAUUGUGCUGAAAUAUUGACAUGGAUUUUCUGGGAUUUGGAAAUUAUAACCUCCCAUUCAAUCUUUUAUUGACUUUUUUGGUAUUAGUACCCUUUUCCAGUUGGAUUUAAAACUGUUUGAUCAUGUUAUUUGAUAGAUGUGCCAAAUUGGUAGUUAGUUGUAUCAUCAGUUGGGUUUUGAUAGAUUAUGGUUUAAUCUGCUGGUUCUAUAGUACCCACUAGUUGAUUUGUUUGUUUAGAGCUUUGUCAAAGUUUGUGUCUUUUAUUUGCUUGGGAGAUGUUGCAAUUAUUAGAAGAAAAUGCCACUAUUUUUAUCUUUAGUAAGUUAUGUAGUGGAUUAGUCUAUAUAGUAUUAGCUGAAAGAAAAAAACUUUGAGGUGAUUCACUCAUGAUUUAUUGGGAUAGAUAUGCUUAUGCUAUAGCCAAGUAAUCAUUUAUAUUAAGAUUCUUAUUUUACCACCUUACUUCUUAUAUAUGUGAAGUUGCUGAUGAUAUUUUUUACCAUGGGUUAAUCGGCAACAACUUCUUUGAAAUUGCAAAAACAAGGACCCUGAUGAUCGUCCUAUGAGCAGGAUACACAAGCUAUGAUAAUGGUAUCUAAAUGGAAAAUGAGGUUUGAUCCCUAGAUUCAUCAGUGAACUACCAAGUUUUGAUUCCUAGUUUUCCCUGCCUACCUGACUACCAUUUACUGAAUUCAACCACCAAAACCAGAACCUGGAAGCAGCAUCAUCAACCCAUAAAACACAUUCAAAAUGUGCACAGUAGAAAAAAGAGGCAACAUCUUCAUCCUAACCCUAACUAGCAAUGAAAAUGAAAAUGAUGAGCAUCGCCUUAAUCCGACUCUAAUCACCUCUCUUCGUUCUGUCAUUGCUGACUUAAAAUCUCAAUCUCUCGCCUCUCCUGAUACAUCAUACGCCCUUAUCACAACAGCAACCGGGAAAUUCUUUUCCAAUGGUUUUGAUCUCCAAUGGGCCUUAUCUACCGGAAAGCCCUCCUUUGUUAGUCGUCUUCAUUUCAUGGUAGAAUCCUUUCAGCCAUUGGUUGCCGACUUUUUAUCUCUACCUAUGCCGACAAUUGCAGCAAUCAAUGGCCAUGCCUCUGCAGCAGGCUUCGCCUUGGCACUUUCACACGACUAUAUGCUGAUGAGGAAAGAUAGAGGAGUCUUGUACAUGAGUGAAGUGAAUAUCGGGUUAACUUUGCCCGAGUAUUUCAAUGUUCUUUUCAGGGAGAAACUUGGGUGGAAAGCGAGAAGAGAAAUUUUGUUGAACGGGAGGAAAUUGAAAGGAGAAGAAGGUGUUAAGUUGGGGGUUCUCGAUGAAGUGCUAGAAAGCACAGAGGAAUUAAUACAAAGAAGUUUAAAGUUAGGGGAAGAACUAGUGAAGAAGAAUUGGAAUGGGGAAGUUUAUGCCGAGAUUAGGAAGGGAUUGUACCCUGAAUUGUGUAGAGAGUUGGGGUCGAGCAGGAAGCCUGUGGUUCGCCCUCGGCUAUAAUUUCUCUUCGUGUUUGCUGCUUGAGUCGAGGGACUCUUUGAUCGCAUUCUCUGUUAUGGAUAUGAAUUGCCGUUUUUCUUCCCUCCACAGACCCCGAUCAUAGUUUUCCUAUGAGCGGGAUACAUUGGGUAUGAUGAUGAUUUGCUGCUAUACUUCUCAAACUCCAAUGUGGUUUUCUGGAAUUCAUUAGCUUUUAUCAUUAAUGAUAAUAGGUUUUCUAUUCAAUGUACAGUGGAUACUUCAUGUAAAAUUCUUCAUUGCUUUGGAGGAGAAACUAAAUCUUAUAUUCAUGUGCUUUCUUAAUUAAUAGUUUGUUUGAUGCUAUGUUUUGAAUAGAGGGAAAAAUGGAUGGAUGCAAGGGAAUGUAAUUCAAGGGGAUAACUCCUUUGCGUUUUGUACAAAAUAAAGUCUUCUUGAUUGGAAAGAUUUGGAAGUUAAAUACGUCAA